GUAGCCAUUUGGCGCCACAUUUCCAGCACUGAAGCAGCUGUCCGUCGUUCGUCUCUUGACACAAUACAGAAAAUUUGCUUUUCAUGUUGUUGUUUUUUCACCUGCACUCCACAUUGGCCCACAAUUUUGCUUUCUAGAACUCGACGAUAGCGUUAUUUGCCGCUGUUCAAGAUGUUUGUCACGGAUAUUCGGAAAGAAUUUUAUGAAGUUGUUGCUAACCAGAGAGUUGCGCUCCUGGUGGCGCCAGAUAUUGAUGCUCUUUGUGCCUGUAAGAUCCUUCAGGCCUUGUUCCACUGCGACCAGAUUCAGUAUACCCUAGUGCCAGUGACUGGAUGGCAGGACCUUGGAACUGCCUUCUUCGAACACAAAAAACAAUUUAGGUAUUUUGUCCUAAUCAACUGCGGUGCCAACGUUGACCUCCUUGAGAUGCUGCAACCAGACGAUGACUCCAUUUUAUUUAUUUGUGACACACACCGGCCUGUUGAUGUGGUUAAUGUCUACAAUGACACUCAGAUAAAACUGCUAAUAAAACAAGAUGAUGACUUGGGCGUGCCCCUCUAUGAUGAAAUAUUUCGGGAUGAUGAAGAUGAGGAGGAGGAAGAGGGAAACGACUCCGGAAACGAGAGCGAUAACGGCUCCGAGCCAUCUGGCAAACGGAGGAGAUUUGACGAAGGGGAAAUUGAGAGGAGAAUCGAGAGGCAACGUGAGAAGAGGGAGUGGGAAGCACGGCGGAAAGAAAUCCUAUUUGACUACGAGCAGUAUGAAUACCAUGGCACAUCUGCAGCCAUUAUGUUCUUUGAACUUGCCUGGGUGUUGACUAAAGACACUAAAGAUAUGCUCUGGUGGGCUGUCAUCGGACUAACAGACCAGUGGGUUCAUGAUAAAAUCACAAAUAUGAAAUAUGUAACCGACAUCGGCACAAUGCAGCGGCACGUGUCCAGACAUAACCAUCGGAACGAAGAUGAGGAGAACUCUCUUUCCAUCGACUGCAUGAGGAUCUCCUUUGAGUACGACCUACGUCUGACGCUCUACCAGCACUGGUCACUAUACGAGAGCAUCAGUAAUUCAUGUUACACGUCCUGCCACUUUAAACUGUGGACUUUAAACGGCCAGAAGAAGCUGCAGGAGUUCCUGGCCGACAUGGGUCUGCCUCUGAAGCAAGUGCGGCAAAAAUUCACCUCAAUGGACAUGUCCAUCAAAGAGAACCUGCGAGAAGUGAUCGAGGAGUCUUCCAAUAAAUUUGGAUUGAAAGAUAUACGUAUACAGACAUUUGGUGUCCACUUUGGCUUCAAGAACCGUUUUCUGGCCAGCGACAUGGUGCAUGCAUCCACAGCUUUACUUGAGAGCACAGAGAAAGAUAAGAGUGAGACAGACAACUUCAUCAAAGCUCUAGACUCACUUUCAAGGAGCAAUUUGGAGCGUCUCCACUUGGGCAUUGACCUGGCUAAGAAGAAGCUGAUAGCUAUCCAACAGACCGUCGCCAGCUGCAUCUGCACCAACCUUAUCUUGUCGCAAGGACCAUUCCUCUACUGUUACCUCACGGAGGGCACCCCUGAUGUCAAGCUAUUUUCUAAACCCAUGGCCUUGACACUACUCUGCAAGUACCUUCUUAAAGCAUUCAUCCAAUCAACGAGGAAUAAGCGGUGCAGGUUGCUCCCGCUCAUCAUGGCCGCUCCCAAGGAUGUGGACAAAGGGACCGUCCUUGUCGUGGGAAUCCCACCCGAUGCAGAAACAUCUGACAAAAAGAAUUUCUUUGGCAGAGCAUUUGAGAAAGCUGCAGAAAGCACCAGCUCCAGAACACUACAUGACCACUUUGACACAUCCAUUAUUGAACUGAAGACAGAAGACCGAAGCAAGUUCCUUGAUGCACUCAUAACUCUUCUGUCCUGAGACAUCGCUGCUCUAAAUCAAUCUAAGUGGGACCGCCAAAUGGUAUUUGAAUAAUGCCCAUCUUUGGUGAGAGUGAUUGUAUCCAUAUGUUUAAUUUUAUUUGGUUUUAGAUCUCAAGGUUUUAGAUUUGUUUCUGUCUGUACUGUACAGUAUUGUGUAAAGUUGUGCCUGUUUUAUUGUUAGUUGAUUUAUCCAUGUCUAUUUGUGUCAGACUUUUAUUUUAAGCAUGUUUAAUAAACCACAAGUGUAAAAUGUGAAACCUAACUAUUUCAGUUAAGAUGGUUUCAGCUAUUUAAGCACAAACUCAUGAUCAACCAUUUGACUUUUGUACCAAUGUAAAAUCAUUAACCGUUUAAUGCUUUUCAUCUUCAACCGUGAUGUCAAAGAAAGAGUUAGUGAAGUGGAAUGAACUUCACCUAAGCUUAAUUGAAGGCGUGCAUGUAUUCACAGUGCACACUUGAGAGAGAAUGCAGGUCAGGUGUCUCGGUGAUG